UUCCUUCCUUCCUUCCAUCUCUCUUCUCUCUCUUCCCUCCCUCUUCUCUGCCUGUGUCGUGGAAAUGGCGACCUGUUUCUCUCCACUAUCGAUCCCCUCCUCCACCUCCUCCGGUAAGCCCUCCUCCUCCUCCUGUGGGUCUCAUAUGAAGGCUCGUGACCUUGGCUUUCUCAAGUCAACUUCAUUGCAGACUGGACCGAGGCUGAAUAUCCAGAAGAAGUCAAACGAAAUUGAAGAUAAGAGGCGCUUUUCAGUUCAUGCUGAAUACCAUGAUGGUGGUAGGGGUGGAGGCAGUGACUUUGUCGCCGGUUUUCUUCUGGGUGGUGCUAUUUUCGGAACGUUAGCUUACAUUUUUGCUCCGCAGAUUAGAAGAUCUCUGCUAAAUGAAGAUGAGUAUGGGUUUCGGAGGGCAAAGAGGCCAAUAUAUUAUGAUGAAGGCUUGGAGAAGACCAGGCAGACUCUGAAUGCCAAGAUCAGCCAACUCAACUCUGCCAUUGACAAUGUUUCUACUCGUCUGAGGGGUGGGAAGGGUGCGAAUAAUGCGCCUAAUGUCCCAAUGGAGACCCAUCCAGAAGUUGAAGCUACCCUGUAGAUGAAUAUGCCUCGUCCUUGGACAAGCUUGGUGGAUGCGGUGGAUGCUUAUUUUGGACAAACGAAAGUGGAGAGGAGGUGGGGGUUACGCAUGUGGGGCGUUGCUCUGAAGAAGAGCAUCUGAUCCUACCCGAUUUCUGUUAGCCCAUUUGGGUAUUUGAUUUUUCUUGUGGUGAGCCGA